UAAUGCUCGGGCCGGGAUUCAACAGUCUCCCAUUUACUACCACCAAAAUCAGUUGCGUUUCGUUCGUGCUAUUCACUUACACCGCCGGGGAGUUACUAUUGUUUUGUACGCAUUUUGGUACAAUAGUUUCUUCGAAGCAAAAUUAACAAUUCUUCAAAUCCUUACCAUAUGGUGGCGCAGGCAACGAUCGCGAACGUAAUUACACAUAAGAAAGGGCGUAAAUGGUGGAAGAGUAUUACUUAAUCGGUAUGUCCUUCUCUUCCUCCUUUUCCACCCCCUCGCCGCUUCCCUUCGGGCGCGCCACAACUUGACCAGCAGCAUCGUGCAAUGCAUCCACCCCUCCACUGUAAUGCAAACCGGAACACUUCCACCUCGGGAGGAACAAGAGCCAACCAUGGCACUACAGGGAGUACUGCCUGAUGGGGUGGGGUAUAUGCCACUGCUCAGCUGGAGACGUAGCGAACUGAACUGAACCUCCCUCCCCCAUUUUACCGUGAAACGGCACUGGUUCGGUUUCGGAGCGGAUUACCUGCGUUUGUUUUAUGGUUUAUCGUUCAGUUAACGUCGAGUGGUCCGUCAGUGAUGUACUGUAGCUAGGUGACGAUCCGGCGCGGUGUCGUAUCUCAUCAGACGGAGACCCAGUGUACCGAGAAGUGCGAAAACAUCUCCUUUCGCGGAAUCAGUUAGUUGCUCCGGUUCGAAGAAAGUGUGACCUUAAAUAAAUGGAGAUCAAAGAAUAGUGUAUCGUGAAAGAUCAACUCGCCGAUCCGCGAUUCGCGACCCGCCAGAAGAAACUAACGAUCCGAUCCUCGUGCGACCGAAUCCCGCAAUUCCAUUCCUUAGUCGUGUUUCACGACUUUAGUGCGUGUGAGUGAGUGUGUGUGUGUGCGCGUCUGUGAGUGUGUGAGUGAUUGUGGUGUCGCGCGUACAAGGGCCGUGUGCGUGUAUCCUUUGGCGGGUUGUGUCUGUGCGCGUGUGUGUGUGUUCACGAAUGAGGUAAAAUGUUAGGACCCACCAAAUGGAGACUCCUAACAAUCGUUGCCGGUAUACUGUUAGCCCACGCGAUCGAAUCACCGACCAGUAAGAGCAACAAGCUAAACGCACAGGUACGCUCCUUCACCAAUCCCGAGCUGGGGCUGCGCAUCGAACAGAUCAGUCCGUGGAGUACGGGACGGAACCUGCCGGCACGGAACCUGCUCGUUCCACAUCAGCUGUUUUCGCGCGUGGACAACAUCCGGUACAUCGAUAGCCGGACACCGAACAGUCGCCAUCUGCAGAGUACGUUUGGGGCGUUUCGGUUAGCGGAUGGUUUGCAACAGCCACAGAAUGGCGCCGGCAUACAGCGGCGCCGUUCGAAAGCCUUCCAGAUGCGACGGUCGGAUGAAGUGGCCGCUGAUACGGGGUUGGCUCUAGAACAGCAGCCAGUUACAUCGGUAUUGCCUUCACCAGAACAAGAACCCAUCUAUCAGAACGUGAGUCGUGCACAGCGUCAACAUCGGUACAAGAUCAUCCCGAUCAGCUAUUUCUACCGAGAGGAGGCACAACCAAUACCAUCCCAGUUGAAGCCUGUUGGUCCAAGUCGACCACCGAAGGACACCGAUAACGAUGAACCGGAGGUUCCAGAUACGACUUCCAAACAGAGUCAGGACCAAGAUCAUGCCCAGGAAGGUGAUGAAUAUGCACGAUCCGAUACGCCCGUGAUUGGUGCUCGGCGAUCUGGUAUUCAGUUCCCGGGACCACUAAAAGCAGCAACGGGAUUUACUCCCCAAGGAUACAGUGAGGAGAGUCUUACACUAGGCGACAAUUUGGGUCUGUUCCAGCAACCGGUCAGUACCGCCGACGACUAUGGAUCGGUAGAUGGCGAAACCGGACAUGACGGUCGUGGUCCGGAUGAGUUCUCGCGUAGUCUUUACGCUAACCGUUACUUCCGGGACUUUAACCGACCAACACCGAUUGAUUUACGUCCAGCAGAGUCACUGCCACGGCCAAGUCGUCUGAUCGAGUUCCCGGGCAAUGUAAAUGUCAAGCAACCGUUUCGAGACGAUGUCACAAAGUUCGGUGAUGUUUCGGGCCCCGUAACGGCCAUCCAGCGCCCGUUCGGUGACUUUGGCGAAGGCAAGAACUUCCGCACGUUUGAUCCAACUUAUUACACCGAUAGCCCUUAUCAGCCUAACCGGGCUCCACCUUACUUCCCGGCCAAGCUGUACACCGAGCCAAACCAGAAGAUCUACCAACCCUUGUGGAAGACCCGCUCUCCACGUGUCGUCUUUCCUCAGGGUGAUCUCGCUUCCGGUCCAUCCGGAUUCGGUGUAGAUAAUGUCGUCUUUCGGGACCAGAACUUCGGGUUGAACGAGCUGGCCGCUAUUCAGGAUGUGCGGAACGAGUUCAACCAGGACGACAUCAACGAUGAACCGGCGACGACCAGCAAAGAUCGUGUCGGUGGUGAAGGUGGUAACAAUCGCGGUGUCAGAAGCGAACUACAGUGCCAGCACGAGGGCGGAACGUGCGAGUUCUUCCUGCUCUGCUGGAUGUCCGGCGGUUUGCUGCAGGGAACGUGCGGCGGAAUGCUGAAGGGUUGCUGCCAUCGGACGGCCAAAUCGGCCAACAUCGGCAUCGAUGCGAGCACUGCCGUCGACCUAACGAACGUACCCGCCCUCGAGUACGGUCCGGUGCAGAAUGAUCCCAGUUGCGGAAUAUCGUUAGCAAAGCAGACAGCCCAGCGGCGGAUCGUCGGUGGAGAUGAUGCUGGAUUCGGCUCCUUCCCGUGGCAAGCGUACAUCCGGAUAGGUUCCUCGAGGUCUAUGCUUUCCAGAUGUGGUGGUUCGCUGAUUUCGCGCCGUCACGUGGUGACCGCGGGCCACUGCGUUGCGCGAGCGACCCCACGGCAGGUGCACGUGACCCUCGGCGACUACGUGAUCAACUCGGCGGUCGAACCCCUGCCGGCCUACACCUUCGGCGUGCGGACGAUCAACGUGCAUCCGUACUUUAAGUUCACACCCCAGGCCGAUCGGUUCGAUGUGGCCGUACUGACGCUGGAGCGGACGGUGCACUUUAUGCCCCAUAUCGCCCCCAUCUGUUUGCCGGAGAAGAAUGAAGAUUUCCUCGGAAAGUUCGGUUGGGCGGCUGGAUGGGGUGCGCUCAAUCCCGGUUCGCGGCUGAGACCCAAAACGCUACAGGCGGUCGACGUCCCGGUGCUUGAUAAUCGGGUUUGCGAACGAUGGCAUCGCUCGAAUGGCAUCAACGUUGUCAUCUACCCGGAGAUGCUGUGCGCUGGGUAUCGAGGUGGUGGUAAAGACUCCUGCCAGGGUGACUCCGGUGGACCGUUGAUGCACGAGAAGACUGGCCGAUGGUAUUUGAUCGGCAUCGUAUCCGCGGGCUAUUCCUGUGCCACCAGAGGUCAACCGGGUAUCUACCAUCGGGUUGCUAACACGGUCGAUUGGAUAUCGCACAUUACACAAAUUUCCACGUAAACCUCCCGGAACAUCCUGCUUCGUGGCUUACUGCAGUACAACACCGUUCCGCAACCUUUAAGUGCUUCCAAGUCACACGACGUAACUCUUUCAUGGGUGCGCGAGAACAGCUUUUGUGGAGGAAGUUCGGACACAAUUGGAAGUAGAGGAAAGAAUUGUCCUUUAGCUUCCUUAACUCCAACUAGUGUCCGAUUUCCAAUGGAAUCCCAUAGUACAUGCAUGUCUAAAGCUUCGUAGCGGUUGAUGCAAACAAAAGGAUGCCCGACUAUCAGCCGCUGGUGGGAUUAAUUUAUGAAACACAUAUUUAUUAUACUGCCUUCGGUCUCCAAGACUCGUUCAUUUGCCCGUUAAAUGUGACAAUUUCAAAUUAGCUAAAGCGGAUCGCAAGUCAGCAGUAGUAAAAGUACAGAGGCAGUCAGAGGAAGAAAAAAGUACCAUAAAAUAUACAAAAAAACGACGCCACCAACGCACACAACCACGCGCACGCAGUGAAAAUGUGAUAUGUAAAAAGUGACUUUAUUCGCUUAAAAAACGCAUCCAGAUGGGAAGAAAAUGCAAUGAAUGGACGGCGAGUGAUCGAGAGAAACGCUUCCAGAGGGCUUUUAGAUGGAUGCAACAAGUGAUGCCACCAGCUGGAGCAAACAGAAGAGAACCAGUGUAAAAACAAAACAAAAAAAAAACGAACAGUGAACUAUUCGCACCAAAACUACGAUUGCGAUGUGUGGACACAGUACUAUUCGGUUUUAAGCUUACCGGUCGUAUGGUGUACUAUCGCAUACGCUAAUUACACGUUUCUGUGAAACUGUACAAUUAGCACGGUACACAACCAUAAAUGUUAGCAAGAAAGACAACACGAAACGACAACAGACGUUGAAUAGCGCAAAACGCUACUGGAUGCAAUGUGCGCACGUUAUAUAGAGAUAUAACCAAGAUAUAUAUAUGUGUAUAAUCCCGCCGCGUUGUGAAUACCAUUUUUUCCACGCCCCAGCUGUGCGUUAAACGAUGCGUAUUGUAAAUAUUAUUUUUAUUCCGCCGCCAGUACUGUACUGGAAAAUUGGACGAAAAACAAACGUGAGUAAAGCAUCACACACGUGGCGUUACAAGACAAACAAAAAAAAGAGAAAGAGGGGUCUACAUAUUAAGAGAAAGGAGCUUCAGCUACAGAAAGAAAUAAAAAAAAAAAACAUCCAGCACAGGGCAUCAAAAAUCUUUAAUGUGCAGCGUUCAGCGAAAAUUAGCAUAAGGUAAUAGGACGAAAGUUUCGUUUUAUGUUUCAACCGCAAGAACAAGAACGUUGCGGACAGUGCGAACGCGCUAAGGGAUGUUUUAUGCAAAAGCUUAUGUUACCACGUGAAAAAUAAGUCACUAUAAGAUGUGCUGUGUGCGUAUGAAAGUUGAGCUCAACUUCGUUUUUUUUUUCGCCCAUUUUUAUCAACUACCAUUCACCAUCACCACCUGAAACCACACAUCUAGCGCCUACACGUGUUCUGGUACAGAUGUUAAUGAUGUUUUUUUUUCUUCGUGUGUAGGAAUAUUUGUAAAUUUAUCUGUACUGUGGUGAAGAAGCAAAAUAAAAAAUCGCUUACAAAAUAUUGUGAAAAACAAAGCCGCAAAUUAGCAAAAACUGUAAGCGCUACGAAGUGUAGACCUUUUGAUGGUAAGGAUGGAGAUGUUGCGUUUAGCCGCUAGUGGACGCUAAAGGAUGUAGUAUACUUUUAAUCAACAUGAAAGCAAUAAUGUUUUGUUUUUAGAUAGCUAUUGAAAAAUGUUUUUUUUUGCUUCUCACAAAUGAAACCUCGUCAGCAUGGAACUAAAAAUAAAUACAGAAAAAGUAUCCUGACAGAAA